ACGCGGAGUAGACAGGACCGUAAUAGACGGAAAGAGAUAAACGAAGUACGCAAGCGCUGAAGUAUAAUUUACAGAUACAAAAGGCACUGUUUAUUUUUACAUAUUUAUCAUAUGUGCGUAUUGUUAUUUGCCGGUCUAAAUUUAGCACAAAAUAAGUGAAAGCUCUACUACUGCUUAUUUGCACUCCCGGCAUAGCUCAUAUAACUACGAAUUAAUAAAAAAUAUGUAAAGUAAGCUACUAGGAGAACGAGAAAAUGUUGCUUACCUUAUUUCUGAAUCUGCUUAUGACAGAAAUUACAUAUUCUUAUCAACUAUGUGACUAUGAGGAAAAUCUCUUCUGUAAUAAGACUCAGUUGAAUGUAUCGAACUAUUGUAGUAUUAAGUCAACUACUACCAUUCGUUCAAGAGACUGUUCUCAAGUAGGCUUUGCCAGUAAUGAGAAUCUCAAGUAUAAUUUUGGGCAAAUCUCUUUACACCUCAAGACUGACAAUAUAACUAGUCAGCUGGUUAUGAACUUGACACUUCCAGAUGUAAAAUGGAAAAGAGCAUAUCUCAGACUGUCUGAAUAUGUAGACCCUAGUAUUUGCAAGCUGUUCACUGUAGGAAAAAGUGAAAAGCUAUCUAUCAACGAACUGUAUUACAGCUGUAGUUGGAGGACAAAUACUGAUAAGGAUUCUAGAUCCUAUGUCAUCGAAUUUAAAGCUGAAAGCAGUUUGUAUUAUGCUCAUAGGAAAAUCCUGUUUGACAUCCCAGACUCUGAGUAUUUUGCUGAUACGACGCCGUUGUCAAAGCGACAAAUUUUCUCAUACAUAGACUUUACUAAUGCCCAUAAGAUUGUUCUUAAACUUCAGCCAUUGCCUAAAAGUUAUAAAGUUCAUCAUUAUAAGGUGGAAGUGAUAAGAGAAAGAGCAGGAGGUAGUGGCCAUAUUCUAGAUGUGCGUCUGCUUCCUACCAACGGACAGCAUGUCAUGGAUUUUGAACAGAUGACGUAUAAUGAGGAGGGUUACCAUUACUUCGCAAUAUCUGUGAUUGGAGAAGGAUGUGAAGAGGACAAGUGUGCAAAAACCAUCACUGCAAAGCUUUUCAUUGGUCGAAAAGGUACACCCUUAGUAAUAGGAAUCGUAGGAGCAAGCUUCUUGAUACCAUUUGUGCUGUUUAGUUUUUAUAUGUGGAAUUGCAGACACAGAACUGAAAUUGGUUUACCAGAAACCGUCGAUAAAGCCUUAGUGCUGUUCAAACCUUCGUUUGAGAAGCACAAUGAAGUCGUAUCCAUAUUGGCCAAAGCAGUGAAAUACAUCACGGGAGUGGAAGCUAUGUUGGAUCCACUAAACACAACUGUUGCCAAACAGGAUAAUAGUGAAAAAUGGUGUAGUGACAACUUGAUUCGAGCUACGCAUAUCGUUUAUGUAAUUCCCCCAAUGAAUGAAGGUAAUAGUGAAUAUGAGUUCGACUAUAUGACAUACAGCUUCCUCAAGGAGGAAAUGAAAAGAAACAACUCGAGUAAGAAGAUUGUUGUCGUAGAUUUCCCGUAUUCUAACAAGCAUGUACCACUAGUCUUGUCUGGCUGUCAGAAGUUUGUGUUUAUGGAUGAUUUUGCAAAGUUUUUAGGUAUCUUUAAAUUUGUUUUAUCUUCGUUCGACUACGAGAAUAAUAUAAAUUUCUUAGAGUUAUCUAGUAAGGUGAAACAGGUUCAGAAUGAAAUGGACAUUUGCAGCAAAGCUCCAAAAAUUUUAGUGACGGGGGAAGAAGAAACUGAAAUCGAUGUUUUACUGUAAUUUUAGUACUUUUUGGGAUCAAGGUUAAAUUUUGUAAGACUGAUUGUUUACGUAAGUGUAUUUAAUUUUUUAUAUUAUUUUUUAUAUAACUGUUAAAAUUUAGUAUUUCAAGAACAAUGCUUAAUUAUAUGUGUGGAUACGUUAAAUAUAGUCACUAUCGAUUA